GGAGGAGGAGGAGGAGGAGGAGGAGGAAGCUGCUAUAAGACAGCAGCUCACUCACACCUGGGCACUAGUCCAAAGCUAGCGUUAGCCUCAUGAAGCCCAGACACACGUUCUCCGUCACGUCGACUCGGAACACCUGAAGACGUUCCCUCUGCGAUCAGUGGUUGUGUGUGAUUGGAGCAGGUGGUCUGACGCCCCGCCCCCCCCGGGCCUCGUCACCUCCAGGAUGAGCGGCGAGGGGUCGGGGCGUCGACCCCUGUCUAGCGUGCCUCAGAAUGUCAAACCCAAGAUGAACGAGAAGGGGGCGGGGCUCCGGGCGGCGCCGAGGAGCCGCAGCAUCAGCCCAGAGCAGCGGGGGCGGAGGAGGGAGCGGCAGCGGGCGGAGCGGCGGCGGCGCGGGCGUAGCGAGGAGGCCCGCGGACGCCACGGGAAGCGCGCGGCAAGCGAGCGGCGCCCCGCGGCGGGGGAGGGGGCGGAGCCGGAGGAGUGCGCCGUGUGCUUCUGCUCCUACGACAACGUGUUCAAGGCGCCGAAGCUGCUGGCGUGCGGCCACACCUUCUGCCUGGAGUGCCUCGCCCGCAUCAACGUGACGUCGCCCGACCUGACCGCCGUGUCCUGCCCCGUGUGCCGCGAGCCCACCCGCCUGCCGCACGGCCGCGACCUGCCGCGCCUCGGCACCAACCACGACAUCAUCGGCCGGCUGCCGCCCGGCAUGCGCCGCGCGCUGUCCGUCCGCUUCAAACGCAGCAAAGGGAAGCUGCUGCUCAAGGACCCGCCCCCCCCCGGCGGCGCCGCCGCCGCCGAGCUGCCCGUCAAGAACCCGCCCGGGGCCGGGGGCGUCGUGGCCGGGCUGGCCGGGGACUCCGGGACCGGCGCCCCGGAGGACGGCGGCCCGCCGCCCACCGUGGUGGACGUGGGCCGGCCCCCCGGAAGGGUCAGAGGUCGUCUGCGCCGCCUGCUGCGCUCCGACCGCUGCUACUACGCCGUGGUCGGCUCCAUCAUCACCAUCACCGUCACGCUCAUGCUGGUGGGCAUCCUGGCCUUCAUCAUCAUCCCGCGAGUCCCCGGACCCCCCCGGCCCCCCCCGCAGAACAACCAGACCGGCCCCACCUGACGGGCCGGGGCGGGGCCAGGGGAGGGCCGGGGAGGGGCGGGGUCAGAGGGUGGAAUCAGAAGUAAUUCACUGGGACGGACAGGGGUGGAGUCACGAUGAGGGUGGAGUCAGGAGGAAGGGGUGGACUCAGUGGGCGGAGUCAGUGGGCCGAGUCAAACCGUGUGAAAUGAGCCCAAACAAUUAGAAAUGAAGUGAAAUCUUUGGAGGUGUUCUGACAGUCAGUCCUGACCGAGCUCCUCUUGUUUCUGUUCUCAUCCAAGCGUCACACGUUCUUUAUAAAUGAGCUCAAAUUUAGCAUGAAGGUAAAAACCAGCAGCCGGAGAACCUCUGAGGCCCAGAGAGUCUGAGAAUCGAACCGUGAGUGCGGCUCCACCUGGAGGACGGUCCACUGGGAAUCGAUCCGCGGUUUGAUUCUAGAUCUUUAGCUUUUACCGGAUGAAGGAAAGAUGUUUGAAGCACUGUGAAAUGUCUGCAUGAAGCUAAAAAAGGUUGUGAAUAAAACUCUCGGGGAUCUUUGUCUUUCAAACAUUUAUUUGUAUUCUGAACGUUUGUUUGUAUACAGACGUUAGUUUAUACUCGUAAAUAUCAGAAGAUGAUUUUUAUAUUUUUACAAUAAUCAACUUUUUCUUCACGUCUGAAAAUAAAGCAGUUUUGAAAAAGUCAAA